UGUCUUCUGAUGCUUCUACCGGUGUAGGUUGUUUGGAGAUUUCGUAACAACUUUAUGUAGCAUUUCGGUAGCGUCUCUGUUUUUGCGGUGUCAGUAAGACGUUUGCGCUGUUAGAGAGAAUUAAUUUUUAAUUCAGACUAGUUUGGAAGCCUAUGAAAAGCGAAUCUACACCCUAGCAAGCCAACGUUGCAUCCGUAACUAUCAUUGAGAGGCUAACGUUAGCUAGGUCUCAGCCGAUAAAGAUUUUUCACACUAAGUUCAGAAUGGGUGAGGAAAUUAAUGACAGCAUAAACACGGUCAGCGGACCAGCUAUCGACUCCAGUAGUGAGAAAAACGGGGAAGCCGCAGAUAGUGGUGUCAAAUAUUACACGCUAGAGGAAAUAAGAGUACAUAACAUGAGCAGUGACACAUGGCUCAUCAUUCAUGAUAAAGUGUAUGACAUCACACAUUUCCUGGAUGAGCAUCCAGGAGGUGAGGAGGUGUUGCUGGAACAGGGAGGUUCGGAUGCAACGGAGAGCUUUGAGGAUGUUGGUCAUUCUACUGAUGCCAGGGAGAUGCUCCUGCAGUACUACAUUGGGGAGGUUCAUAUGGAUGACAGAAAAAAGAAGGAUACAAAGGAGGAACUAGUCACAAAUUCGGGAGAUUCCAGCUCCUGGACCUUGUGGUUUAUACCUGCUGCCGCUGCAGCUGUUGUUGGGAUCAUGUACCGUUUCUUCAUAUUUGAGCACAAGUCCUCUUGAGUGACUCUAACCUGUUUUCAUCUCAUUCAUUCAUCUGGCGGCCUUGAAUUGUUUGACCAAAAUUUCCUCAUGCUGAAUUCACACAAUUGGGAUGAUCAGCCUCUUCAGCAGAAAGAAGAUAGAGGGAGCACUUUGACAACAUAUUUUUGUCCUCAUCCGUCUCAGAGAGCUACAAGUCGACAGUUUGGCGGAGACAUUCAAUAUCUGCCUUCAGUUGCUUUAUACGUUAUUGUCAUUAUGUCCAUUGACUUGUUUAUGUGUAAUGUUUUCAUUAAGUAUCACACGAGCUGGUCAGCGGCGUUUUGUAAAACUUGUGCCCUUUUAGAGACAACUUGUCACACUUGCACAGGAAACAAAAUGAAGACACGGAAGGGCAAGCCAGUAUGCAGAUCAGGGAUGACAUCAGGUUGACUGAAAGCAGUCAUUGUUCACCUUUUUAAUCUGGUUCAUGAUUUCCUUACUUUCAGAAUAAUAUCUUGGCUCUGUUAAAGUAAAAAAAAAAACUUCCUCCUAACAGCUUAAUUCAUCCAUUCCUUUGUACACAGUUCUGCCAUUGAGCAGCGUUUGAAUGCAUUUGUCACUUCCAAACACAUAAUCAGUCCAGGUGUGUAAAUGUUUGUUCCUUUUUAAAAUCAUGUUAAAUUAUAUUGUUUCUGUGAUUAUUUAAGAUAGAACAUCCUCUGACUUGUUCUUUUUUUGUAAGUAUAAUAAAUUCAGGACUUUUUUUGCCUAAGUCUACAUCAGGUUCCCAAACCUUUCAAUCAUAUUUUUUUUGGUUCACUUUAGCUCUUCACUAAGUUUGUUAGAUGAAUGAAACAUCAGCAUAAAGUAUUUCAUAAAGAACAGGUAACAAUUGAACCACAAAGAUGAUUUGUUGUGUUUCUGAACAAACUUUUUUUAAUCCUUUUAAUUUGACUGGACAAAGUGAAGUUUGUUAAAUCUAAAUUGUCUUUGUUUCAUCUCUAAUGUGUUUCACCUGCCAUUUCUGGUAAUAUUUUCUGUCUUUGAAUAAAAGGAACUAGUACUAAUCAAGUUUUUAAAUCAUUAAAAUUUGUGAACAAGAA